CCUAUUUCCAAACACUCCCCGGUUCCUUUUCCGUUAUAUAUACACAAGUCUCACUUCAAAUCCUGCCAUUAAACCACUCUCCGUCUCUCUGCAUUCAUUUCUUGAGGAUCUCUGGAAAAGUCCUCUGCGUCUUGUGUUGCAGAUUUUCAUUUCCAAUAUUCUCAAUGACUUCUGCAGAGAUAAAGCCGAGAGAUGUUUGUGUUGUUGGUGUUGCACGUACACCAAUGGGUGCCUUUCUGGGUUCGCUGUCAUCUUUACCUGCGACCAAGCUCGGAUCUAUAGCUAUUGAAGCUGCUCUUAAAAGGGCCAAUGUUGAUCCUUCAACUGUGCAAGAAGUGUUUUUUGGCAAUGUUCUCUGUGCGAAUUUAGGACAGGCUCCUGCUAGACAGGCUGCAUUAGGCGCAGGAAUUUCUAAUUCAGUAGUUUGCACGACCAUUAACAAAGUUUGUGCUUCAGGGAUGAAAGCAACCAUGCUUGCAGCCCAGAGUAUCCAGUUGGGUAUUAAUGAUGUUGUUGUUGCUGGAGGCAUGGAGAGCAUGUCAAAUGUCCCCAAGUACUUGGCAGAAGCAAGGAAGGGAUCCCGACUUGGACACGAUUCAUUGGUUGAUGGAAUGCUCAAAGACGGUUUGUGGGAUGUUUAUAAUGAUUGUGGAAUGGGAAAUUGUGCUGAAUUAUGCGCUGAUACUCAUUCAAUACCCAGGGACGACCAGGAUAACUAUGCUAUUCAGAGCUUUGAGCGUGGUAUUGCUGCACAAGAUAGUGGUGCCUUUGCAUGGGAAAUUGUUCCGGUUGAAGUCCCUGGAGGAAGAGGAAGACCUUCAACAAUUAUUGAUAAGGAUGAAGGUUUAGGAAAGUUUGAUGCUGCAAAAUUGAGGAAGCUCCGACCAAGUUUCAAAGAAUCUGGAGGCUCAGUUACUGCUGGCAAUGCCUCUAGCAUAAGUGAUGGUGCUGCUGCUUUAGUUCUAGUGAGUGGAGAGAAGGCACUUCAGCUUGGACUGCAGGUGCUUGCAAAGGUUACAGGAUAUGCUGAUGCUGCUCAGGCGCCAGAGCUUUUUACAACAGCUCCAGCCCUUGCCAUACCUAAAGCUAUCUCAAAUGCUGGCUUGGAUGCUUCCCAAGUUGAUUACUAUGAAAUAAACGAAGCCUUCGCUGUGGUGGCUCUUGCGAAUCAGAAAUUGCUUGGACUUAAUCCAGAGAAGGUCAAUGUACAUGGUGGAGCUGUAUCCUUGGGGCAUCCACUAGGCUGUAGCGGAGCUCGUAUCUUGGUCACACUUUUAGGGGUAUUGAAGCAGAAACGUGGUAAAUAUGGUGUUGGUGGUGUUUGCAAUGGAGGCGGCGGUGCCUCCGCGGUAGUUGUAGAGCUUCUGUAGACUUGCAAUAUCUGGCGGUAGACGAGGAUGGGGACUCGAUCAAGUGAGAGAAACCUCCACUCCGUCGACAUCAAAGUCAACGUUCAAUUUCAUCCGUCUCUCGUUUCAAUUUCUUCUUUAAUAACCUAGACUAGUUGUUGUAUUUAGCUUUCAAAAGAACGGAUGCUGUCAAUUUCUCUCCUCAUUUUGAUAUUAUUUUUCUCCAAUAAAAUUGCAACACGUUUGUAACCAGUUCAGAGGUUGUCAUAAAAUAGUACGUAGAAUUAUUUCGAGUUUUA